GGCACACCCACGCGGCCACGUGAAAAAUAUUCAUAAACAUCAUCAACAUAUUGAUACUUCUUAGCGUGUUCUGGUUAAGAUCUAAAAUCGUGCCGGCUUUUCCCUUGGCAUUGGCAAUACGAUCUUUGUCAAGGUGGACCUCGGGUCUCCAGAAAUAAGUGUUACAGUCUCCAGAAACCAGGAGAUUGUGCCAAGACGCACUGCCCUUUCGCCAGUCAACUAAGAAAAAGCGCGCCAGAUGGUUCACCGUAAUAAGGAGUGCUGCCAAUGUGAAAAGUGCUUGUUGAAAUCGCAGAAGUCCGAAAUGGGUGAAGAAACGUAUCGCGUCGUGUCUAGGAUGGAAGAAAUUACAGAACAGGAGGACAAAUAUUUGGCCGGCGCUAAAAAGGAGAUCAGGAACGAUCUCACAGUAAUUAUACCAGAGAACCCAUUCCCAGAGAUAGAGGUGGACGCGUACCCCCCAUUGAAGUUCUCAUGGCUGAUUCCAAAGAAACUGGCGGCCAUGGCAUUUCCUAGGAACAAGGAAAACUUGAAAUUCCUAGUCAAUCAAGGUAUCACGCAUCUGGUAACACUGACUGCAGGGAAAAAGCCUCCAGUCGACGAUAUUGCCAGGAUAAGAUGGAGCGAAAUACCAAUCGAAGAAUUCGGUGUACCAACAGUAGAUGAUGUUAAAAAAUUCAUCGACAUUUGCAAACGUGCGGACAAGAACGGAGAGGUGAUGGGAGUGCACUGCCGCCAGGGCCGCAGCCGCAGUGCCGUGAUGCUGGCGUGCUACCUAGUGCACUUCCACAGGUUCCUGCCAGACCAGGCGAUGAACGUAGUCCGCAUGGUCAGACCUGGUUCCCUUGAAUGGGAGGAGCAGGAGGAGUCUGUGGGCAAAUACUUCAUGUUCCUGACAGAGGACAACCCUCUGAAGUUCGGCGUUAGCGGAGAAGUUAUGGAAGAAAUGAUAGAAUCCGCCAGGGAAGCGACGAACAAAGCCUUAGGCUAAACUAGGACUAAUAAAAAAUAUCGACUAAGUAGAUAUUAUUACUUAAAAUAAGUUUCAGUUAGAUUUAUUAUACUAGACGAUAUAAGACGAGUCCAGUGAGCACCACAACUUACAUUAUAUCACGUUUUUUAUCGCCUUACUGUCUAACUCCAUAGUAAUUAAAGCAUAUCGUGGUUAGGGUUGCCACCUUUUUUAUGUCCAAAUAAAGUACAUUGGAUAUUAAAGGUAGAAAAAAAAGUACAUUGUGUCCAAAAUAAAGUACUUUUUAUUCCACUUUAUUAGUAGGUAAGCUUAAAAAUAUAUUUUACACUGCUUAAAGCAAAUUAUAAUAAAUAAUUUGUGGCUACUAAAAAUCUGUAGUUCUUAUCCGCAAUGGGGAAGGCAUUUGAACAAAGCCAUACAGCCGCGACAAUGUUGCAGGAAUGAGCUAAGGGCUACAUAUUAUGCAUACUUUUGUUCCGUUUUACGUAAAACUUUUUCCUAUCCUCUUUUUGUAUAUUUAUGUAAAAUUAAUCCCCAAACAAUCAAAUAAAAUAUUUUCGCGUACUUUAUUGUUGGCAUAAAGUAUAGAGUACAAUUACCCGAAAUAACGUACAAUACUUUAUAAUAAAGUGCGGGUGGCAACCCUAAUCGUGGUGCUCAUGCUAGGGGGGCUGGCCCCGUAGCAUGAGCAGGGCGAUAUAAUAUAUAACUCGUUUUUAUCAUGUUCAAUUGGCAAAUUACUAUGGAGUUUGACAGUCUGACUAAAUAAAUAACGUGAUACAGUGUAAAUUGUGGUUCUCACGCUAUAGGAUUUGGACGCGAAGAAGGAAUGCUAUAUGAUCAGGACCGGAUUAAAGGCAGGACAGGCGGCGCUACCUUGGGCACUUAGUGCAAUAUGAAAUAUUUACCAAAGUGCAAUGUAUUUAUUAUUAAAUCGUAAUAUUUUAAUUAUAUCAAACUUCUUCUUUAAAUGCGAUAAUGACUGCUGAACCGAUUUAGAAGUUAUAUGAUGUAGGAAUAGAUUGGACUUUGAAUAAGCGUAGGAGACAAAUAACCCAAAAUCCAACUAUAUAAGUAGUAGAGCAAAAUUCAAAAUGCAAGGCUAAGGAAAGAAAAUAUAGUGAUCGUUUGUUGUUAAUGAAGAUGUGAAUAUUUAUUUUAUAGUGUAAGAAAUAUUAGAGCUUUUUGUAAAAUUUUAUGGUCAAUGCAGUAAUGCUUUGAGGCAGAAGAAAUUUUGUAAGUGCCGAAGUUUCGAUGAUUCUGUACGAUUGUUUCUGUGUACCUGAGAUAAUGAUUUAUUAAACAUUGUUUUGUUAUGGCGAAUUUUUAUUACGUUUCCUAUUAUUUAUUUCAUGUAAAAAGGACUGAAAAUAUAUGCACAUAAAAACAUUA